AUGGUCAAACCUUCCAGCCUGUUACUAAGUGCACUAUUAUUCGAAACAACCGUCUAUGGUUCCAAUGUCGAAUUUCGAAAAAAGACAGGUGGGGUUGCUUUUAUUGGCGAUGAAUUGAAUCAAACCCCUUUCCCACAAUGGCUCACAGAUUUUACUGGGAUGACACAAUGGCCAGGGUUGGUUCCACCGUAUAUUCCUUUGGACUUUAUUGAUAUGGAUAAAAUACCGCAAUACAACCGCUACCAACAAGGUGUGUGUGACGCAAAUCCUCGCGAGGCGUGUUCUUUUGAUUGUGACCAAUGCGUUGCACAUGAUGAUGUAAGUACUUGUAGAAAAUUAUCACAGACCUUUGAUGAUGGACCUUCUCCUGCCACUUUAAAAUUACUUCAAUAUUUGCACCACAAGGCAACUUUUUUUACAUUAGGUAUUAAUAGUGUUAACCAUCCUGAUAUUUAUCACCAAAUACAGGAUGGGGGUCAUUUAAUAGGCUCACACACAUGGUCGCAUGCCUAUCUACCAAGUUUGAGCAACGAAGAAAUCAUUGCACAAAUAGAAUGGUCUAUAUGGGCGAUGAAUGCAACUGGAAAUCAUAUUCCUAAAUGGUUCAGACCUCCAUAUGGCGGAAUAGAUAAUAGGGUGAGAGCUAUCACAAGACAAUUUGGAUUACAAGCAGUCCUGUGGGAUCAUGAUACAUUUGAUUGGAGUUUGGUUACUAACGACCCUUUCAAAACUGAACAAGAGAUAUACAAUGAUGUAGCGUUGUGGAAAUUGAUAGAAAACAGAGGGUUAAUUCUAGAGCAUGAUGGUGCUAGGAAAACCGUAGAUGUAGCAAUCAACGUACUAGAUUUAUUGGGAGAUGACCAAUUGGCUGUUUCGCAAUGUGUUAAUGGUAUUGAUUACAUUCAAGAGUUUUGA